GACUCGUUGAGUGAGAGCUCCGGUGUAGACUACAGAGCCCUAAUCGGCGAGCGAUCUUUGCACUUACUCGAAAUAGUUUCUGCGUAGGUUAUGGCCAGCACGGCUAGAGCGGCUCGCCUGUACAUAGGCAACCUACCGUGGACCGUAGGUCACAGACAGUUAAGAGAAUAUUUUGCUCAAUUUGGACCAGUGCAAACUGCUAGAGUAGUAUUCGAUCGUUCCACUGGCCUCAGUAAAGGUUACGGUUUCAUAGAGUUCGUGAGCCCGUCGGCAGCAGCAGAUGCCACCAACAAGCAGGUGCACACCCUGGAAGGCCUAAAUCUGGUUGUUCAAGUUCAAAAUAAUUAGUUAGCAGUAGUGUAGUACAUUA